AUGGACGAGUGGGAUUUGUUAGAUGAAGUAGAUGUUAUUGCACUAUGGCCAGGCGAACACAAGAAGAAUAUUGAAUCCACAAAAUGGCAAGAGAGGAAGGAGGCUCUCGAGGCACUUUUUCUGCUAAUCGAAAAACACCCUAGGCUAUCUACCUCUUCAAUGACUAUUUAUGGUGAGGUUAUGGACAACCUGAAAAAAAUAAUUGCCCGGGACAGCAACAUCAAUGUCGUGAUUGCUGCGUUGCACGUUCUAAAAGGAUUAGCAAAUGGUCUCAGAAGCCGGUUUGCCUGUUAUAUCCCAAUGAUUUGGGCGGUUGUGCUUGACAAGUCGAAAGACAAGAAAACCAAUGUUCGAGAUGCCCUUGGAGAUACAAUGGAUGCCAUUUCAGAAGCGUGUGAUGUGGACAAACUCACCAAAGAGCUUUGCGAACAUCUAUUGAAGCCGAAUCCACAAUCGAAACAGUGUCUCUGUUCAUUUUUGUACAGAUAUUUCGUUAGACAAGUGACUGCAUCCAUGGAUUUCGCAAAGGCCGUGCUGCCUAUCGUUGUUAAGCUCGCCUCAGACAGUGACCCUGCUGUGCGUGAUGCAGCGUGUAGAUGUUUGGGAUCUGCACGACGACUGCUUGUAAAUGGGCUUGAUGCUUUUCUGAUUCCACUAGUUGGAGAAAAAGCGAAGUUGGAGAAGAUCGAGGAAUAUUGCGGAGAAGCAGCAAAACAACAUUCUGAAAUCAUGGCUAGCCGUCCACAACGAGUCACAACUUGUAACAGUGCCGCUGGAGACAAUGCUUUCGUCGCAGAAUCCUCAGAUGCGACUGUAUCGGUAGUAUCACAAGAUAUUGACCCAUGGACUUUAAUGGAGCCUUCAGACAUUGUCGGAAAGAUAAGGAAAGAUUUCGAUGAAUUGAUAGGUUCGAAGAAGUGGCAGGAACGAAAGGAGGCAGUAGAUAGUCUACUAACGAUUGUAGAGAGCGCGCCUCGCGUGGCUAUUUCACCCGAUUUGCAAGAGGUCCUUAUGGCUUUAAUCAAGGUGCUUGAAAAGGAUAUUAAUAUCAACGUUUGUAGCGUUAGUGCGAAAGUACUUUCGAAACUUGCCACGCGCAUGAGGACCGAUUUUGCUACCGUAGUGCCGAAGAUUAUGGCGAUUGCUUUCGAUAAACUGAAGGAGAAGAAAGCUGUACUAAGGAAUGAACUGAUUGAGCUAUGCGAUGCUGCUUCGGUAACGGCUUCCUUAGAGUGUUAUUCCGAAGCUGUUUGUUUUGGAUUAACUAGGCCAAAUCCGCAAUCCAGAGCUCAGACCGCGCAGUUCGCAGCAAGGUUAUUGUCUCGCCAUGACUCGUCCACGGUUUCUGUCGAAGCUGUUAAGCAGAUAGUUCCUGAUAUUGUCAAGUGCUCUUCUGACGCGGACGGUGAUGUUCGCGAGUCGGCUUUCCGUGCCAUGGCCGCUGUGCAACGAUGUGUAGGAGAGGCAGCAGCGAGACGUUUGUUCGGGGAGGUUUCAGAGGAUAAAAUCAAAAUGGCAAAGAUCAUGGAGUAUUAUGAUACAAUCCGAAAAGAGUUUGGUGAAAAGGCAGCUCCUGAGAUCGUUCGACUUCACGGAUCUACUCAGUCUAAACCCAAGCCGCGCAUAGCUUCGUCGGGAUCGACGCGUCCAGUCACUUCUUCUGCGCCACGAAAAGCUUCAGCGACAGCGCGCGCGCAUGUCCGGGCUACAACAACUCCAAUUGUGCGGCCGUCAUCGACAUUAUCAGAUAUAACUAAGAGAAUACCAACGACCGCACCAAAACGACCAAACGUGGUGAAAUGUCCGAGCCAACAAUCUCAGCGGUCUGAACUUAUCCGAGCUCCACUUGGCACUCGGUCAAUGCAACAGUCAGCUCCACGACGGCUCUCUGCCCCUACAAAACUAGCUGCAGUCCCUCUGACCACGAAUCGAUCGUCUGUGAGACCAAUCUUCGCUCCUAACGUUGUUCGCAGUUCUACUACAAAUCAUCUUACCAAUAAUGUUACAAAUAAUGUUGGGAAAAUCGCGUUAGGACCGGUGAAAGUCACUGGGAACCGCGAUACUCCCAUUUCCAAUGGAAAUGCUGCAGGGAGUAUUCCGGUGAGGACGAACAGUGCACUCCCUCGAUCGAAUUCGGGAUUGCGACCACCCACUGCCAUUGCGAGAAUUGCUGGAACCGGGAUCCCACGACUGUCCAGACCGUCUUCCCCAGCGACGUGA